UCAGGCAGGGUUGGUAAAAGCACAGCACGGCGGCCCGCAGCAAACCAAAGCCAUGUCUGACCCCGUAGUGACAGCCUUCUUGACCAAGCUGAUCUGCGAACGUGGAGGAGCGCUCCCGAGGGCCGAACUGGGGCAGCUCCUGGAUCUACCCCAAGAGCAAAUCGAUGAGAUCCUGCAAGCGGAAGAAAAGAGAUUCCCGCAAUGUGGGGAUCUGGUCCUGGCAAGAAGCCCCUUAAGACUAUGCGCGGACUACCUGAACGGGAAGGAAGAAGAGGAUGCCGACUGCGACAAGUUGCACCUCUGCAGUUAUUACCUCCAGGGCAAGAGUUGGCUGUGCAAAAAGAAACAGUGCAAAAGUUCCCACAAUACCAAAUCAGAUCACAAUUUGGCUGUUUUGAAAGCUAAUGAUAUCAGCGGGCUGAACGAUCAAGAGUUAAAGAUCCUCUUCAUGCAAAAUGACCCCUUUAUACUUCCUGGGAUUUGCAGAAAAUAUGUCCACAGCGCGUGCGAUCAGGAUGGCUGCCCGUUUCUCCACAUCUGUGGCUUCUUCGUACGUGGAACUUGUAACCGCCAGGUUUGCAAGAAGCGUCACGACCUUCUGGAAUCGGGCUCAGACGAGCUGCGGAAACGUUACUCGGAGGCGUCCAUCAAAAACUUCCAAAUGAUCCUCGACAUCCAACACCGAGAGAGGGCGGAGGACCCGGCCAACAACGGGAGAACAAGAGGUGCCGGCAGGACCCGGGGGAGAGGAACAAGCAGAGGAACAAGCAGAGGUUCCAGGUCUCGCAGCCGCGUGUCUGGACAGGACUCCGAUGAUGAAGUCCCGGGUUCCGUGGCAAAAUUAUCGCUAUCUCAAGACAAUCUAGAUCAAGAAAAAGGAUCCGGUCCGUUCUACUCAACCUCUUCUUCCUUACUGAGAGCAAUAAUGAUUGCUGGAAACAUGUCUGGCGGCCCCCAAGGAAAGUCAUACGAAAGUGUAGCCAGAAACUUCUAUGAAUAUUCUGGAAUAUCAAGGAAUGUAACAGCUUCUUAUACGUCGGGUUUGCAGAAGAACGUGUCCACUUCAUCCACCGCCCAACCAACGUCAACUGUCAGAGCCAAUACACCUAGCCACGUGCAAGCCGAAGGUUCAUCCUCUGCCCAGCCAACCACAGCUGGCAAUGCUGGCAUCUCCAAGAACAUUCCCACCGCAAGCCCGUCCUCUGCCAAACUAACUACACCGGUCGGGGUCAACGUACCCAAGAACGUGUCCACCGCUUCUUCACCUUCUGCUGAAAAAACCACGGCCGCUGCCAGCAUGUCCAAAAAUGGGUCUACUGCCAGUCCACCCGUUUACCAACCAGCUACACCUCUCCAGGGAUAUAUAUUCAGGAAUACCUACAAUGAGGGUUCCUUCCAACCGGUACCAGCCAACAUACCCAAGAACGUGUCCACCGCUUCUUCACCUUCUGCUGAAAAAACCACGGCCGCUGCCAGCAUGUCCAAGAAUGGGUCUACUGCCAGUCCACCCGUUACCCAACCAGCUGCACCUCUCCCGGAAUAUAUAUUCAGGAAUACCUUCCAACCGGUACAAGCCAACGUACCCAAGAACGUGUCCACCGCGAGUGUGUCUAGUAACGAGAAACCAUCCGGUCAACAAUCCAGUACCUACAACCAGCCUAGAACCUUGGACAACCACAGCUCCCUGCGAUCAGAAAUGAACUCUGCCAAGAAAGAAGAGGAUAAAACGAAAGACUAUACCGAGAUCUGUCUCUUCCAUAUCUGGAAAAAAUGCAAAUUUGGCAGUCGGUGCAGCGAGAUGCACUUUCACCUCCCCUACAGGUGGCAAAAGCAGAAUGGGUCAGAAUGGGAAGACCUGAAAGGCAUAGAAGUCAUUGAGAAAGCGUACUGCGAUCCUAGCAUUUCCGGAACGCUCUCGGUUGAUUUUCUGAGCAUGAGAUCCGGAUCGUCCCGUGUCCGCCGGCUCUCCACUCCCUCCUCCGCCUCGAAGCCGGCGGACUUCGUGUUGACCACGGAAUGGCUGUGGUACUGGAAGGAUGAAUACGGAAGGUGGUUCGAAUACGGAAAAUCAAACACAAAACAGGCGAGCGCCUCCAUAACGUCGUCCGAUUUGGAAUCCAUCUAUCUGUCUGAUCCCACUGAAAAAGUCUAUUUCCGGGCAGGGCAGCAGGACUACGAGAUUGACUUCCGAACCAUGACACAGAGGAACAUCGUGUAUAAAACCGAAAAAGAAAUGCGCAGGAGACCCAAGUUUCUGUCUUAUAACGACGUGGUUAAGCUGGAAGGAACUACUAAAUCGGCAGCGACCGGUCCUUCCCCGCAUACAGGGAACACGAAGACAAGUAUCUACCCAUCAACCUGGGACUCCACCGCGCUGCCUGAGGUUGGAUAUAAGCUGGUGACUGUCCCACUGACUUCCACAGAAGGCUCAGAUAUCAAACUCAUGUUCAUGAAAACCGUUAAGGGCCACGUGGUUAACAAGAUAAGCCGGAUACAGAACCCGUCGCUGUGGCAGGUGUUUCAGUUGAAAAAGGAGCAGAUGAAAAAAGAAAAUAAAGGAGUAAACGUCAGAGAGCAGAGGCUGUUCCACGGAACGAGCAGCGCCCACCUUACCGCCAUCUGCCAUCAUAACUUUGAUUGGCGGAUCUGCGGGGUCCACGGGACUGUAUACGGGCAAGGAAGUUACUUUGCCAGGGAUGCCUCUUACUCUCAUAACUAUUCCCCCGCGGACCUCAGCGGUAAAAGAACGAUGUUUUUAGCCAGCGUGCUGGUCGGAGAAUCCGUGAAAGGGGAUCCCUCGCUGAGACGCCCUCCGUCCAAACACGGGAGCCUCACCCGCUUCUACGACAGCUGUGUGGACGACGUCCUCCUACCGUCCAUCUUCGUCGUCUUCGAGAAACAUCAGAUUUACCCCGAAUAUCUCAUAGAGUACGAAGAGGAGAAGAAAUCCUGUUGCAUCAGCUGAUAAAAUAAUGUGAAAAA